GCCUUCUGAUUUUUUUCCCACUGGUAAAAUUCGUCGUCGUGUCUAACGUGCGCCUGCGGGAGAGGAUCUUAUCGUGCGCCGGCCAUGGCGGAGAAGCACAACAUGAAGAACCCGGCGGUGAAGCGGAUCCUUCAGGAGGUGAAGGAGAUGCAGUCGAAUCCGUCCGAUGAUUUCAUGAGUCUCCCUCUCGAGGAAGAUAUAUUUGAGUGGCAGUUCGCAAUUCGGGGGCCUCGUGAUACUGAAUUUGAGGGAGGAAUCUUCCAUGGGCGGAUCCAAUUGCCCACGGAAUAUCCAUUCAAGCCACCAUCUUUCAUGUUGCUAACUCCGAAUGGUCGCUUUGAAACACAAACAAAGAUAUGCUUGAGCAUAUCAAAUUAUCAUCCCGAGCAUUGGCAGCCAUCAUGGAGUGUGCGCACGGCAUUAGUCGCCUUGAUUGCAUUCAUGCCGACGAUCCCUGGUGGGGCGCUUGGCUCACUCGAUUACAGCAAGGAAGAAAGGCGCAAACUCGCCAUCAAGUCUCGCGAAGCACCGCCCAAAUAUGGCACCCUAGAACGGCAAAAACUAAUCGACCAGAUUCAUGAGUAUAUGCUCAGUAAAGCUCCCCCAGUCCCUCAACUCACCUCUGCCAGUGAACCUAGUACAAACCCUACAGGUGAAGAAUCCCAAAAUAAUCCCGACCCUAACGAAGCAGAAUCCCCUGAGAAUAAUCCAAACAGAGAAUUAGAGCGAAGGCCUGAGGAAAACGUGCAUGAGCUCCGUGUUGAUGCAGCAGCUGGGCCCUUGAGAGUUAGCUUCAGUGCUGGAGUGAGAGUGUCGAGGGAAGGGGGAGAGGCUGGUGAGCAGCGCCAAGUUGUUGCUGGCAGAGCUCAGCAGCAGCCUAAGAGCGAUCGUCUUUUCUCUGUUGCUGCUUUUGGAUUGGCUGUUGCUAUUGUUAUCCUUUUGGUGAAGAAGUAUGUGAAGUCUCAUGGGAUCCCUGGUUUUAUGGAGGGCUUGUAAAGAGCUGAAGAGGUGCUGGCUUAUUCAUAUAAUUCUAUAUUAAUAUGGAGAUUGCUGUAUUGAUUCGUAUAUAGUUGCCUACAUAUACAUAUGCUCUUUCUUGCAUAUAGAAUCAACGUCUUUAAUUAUGUACCUUUCUGUUAAUUCUAUAUAACGUGAAUGAUGUUUUAAGUUUUUCCCCCACUUUUUGUGU